CCUUUCAGAACACUCAAUGUCGGAACGUUCCGAAGAUGACGUCGGAGCGUUCUCGAAUCCCGUGUCUCUCGGCUGCUGCUGCCGAAGGAACAGGGAAAAAGCAACAAGAAGGAAGAGCAAUGGCGACACUGGAUCGCAAAGUGCCCAGUCCGGAGGCGUUUCUGGGCAAACCCUGGUCCUCCUGGAUCGACGCCGCCAAAUUACACUGCUCCGACAAUGUAGAUUUAGAAGAGGCUGGAAAAGAGGGUGGAAAAAGCAGGGAGGUUAUGAGGCUUAAUAAAGAAGAUAUGCACUUAUUUGGCCAUUACCCAGCACAUGACGACUUCUAUCUCGUAGUGUGCAGUGCCUGUAACCAGGUCGUCAAGCCACAGGUUUUCCAGUCGCACUGCGGGAGAAAGCAAGACAACAAGAGAAAUGAAGGCAUCUCCAGGAGUGGACCAGAGAGCAGCCAAGCCAUAGAGAAGCAUCAGGUGUGAGAAUGGCAAGCACAGAAGAGGCGUACAACUUCUGAAAGAUCUCAGAGGACUGGCAUUGUCUGGAGAAGGCUUCCUGGGAGAGGAGACUCCAGCAGAGCCCUGAAGUGUGGACAAGCUUCCAUUCACUGCAAAUUCGUGAGCACACUCUGGUGUCAGGAUCUAGUAAGAAAAUGGGCUUGAGCAGAGCAGGGGGUACCUGUGGGGUUCUUCUCUUCAUUUUCACCACCACAACACUGGUCUAAGCUACCAUCAGUUCCCACCUGGACAACUGCAAAAGCCUUCCAGCUGUUCCUGCUUCCACUCUUGCUCCUCUACAAUUCAUUCUGCACACAGAAGUCAGAAUCAAAAUCAAAGUUCAUCAUGUCAUUCUCUUGACUUGUGGCUUCCCAUUGCUCUUAAACUAAAAGUAGAAAUCAUUAUCCUGGCUACAAAGUCUUGUGUGGUCUGGGCCACAUCCUGUGCCAGGCUCCCUUUCAUUGUCUAUAUUCCAGUCAAGCUGGCCUUCAAAAUUUCAGCACAUUGAGUCUUUCUGCCACAGGGCCUUUUGCACAUACAUGCUUUUCCCUCUGUACAUGUGAUUUUCUUUCAUCCUCUCUUUCCAAAGCUAACUCCGACUCAUCCUUCAGACUGCAUCUUAAUGAUUACUUCCUUCUGGAAGACUCUCCUAAUUUUCACAACUAGAUUAGCUCUCCCUCAUAUGUUGAAAACAAGUAUUUCUUGUGUGAACAUAUAUGUUUAACGUCUGCCUUCCCAACUCAGCCACAAGCUCGAUGAGGGUGGGGACUCAGUCUUUGCAUCUCUCGGAGCCUAGCAUAGUCUCAGUAAAUAUGUGAUAGCUGGAGCGUGACAUUUCAUUAGGAACAGUGAGGCUUGUUGAGAAAUUAUACCUCACCAGUAUAUAGGAGAGUACCAUUAUGAAUUCUUAAUGGGAUGAAAACCUGAAUUCAUGUCUAGACCCUGCCACCUGCUGGCUGUGCUGUUUUAAAUCAAUUGCAGAUCCUCUCAGAGCCUGCUUCCUCAUAUAUAAAAUAAUGGGGAUCCUAACAGCCCUCUCAUAUGGUUGUAGCAGGAAUUUAAUUACAUAAUAUAUGGAAAAGCAUUUUUAACUGUAAAACCAGACAUAAAUAUCGUUUGUCAUUUUUCCCAGUGCAUGGCACACUGGGUCAUUAAACAUCUAUUGGAUGGAUGGAUGGAUGGACAGACAGAUUAACAGUUAGAGGGCCCGUAUGAGUGACAGAGGAGAAGUUGGCAUAUGGAAAGCAUGAUGGAAGCCAAAAUAAGGAGAGACUUCCCAGAUAUAGGACGAGGCUUGUUGAUUCAUCCACAGUGUCACAUGCAGUAGAGCAGGCAAGAGAAUGAGGGAGGAAAAUCAUUUAACCUGGGUGGAAGGAAAUCACUGCUGACCUCUGGCCGAUUCCUCCUCAGCCUUUUCUUGUUAUCUGGGCUUUCAAUGACAUGCCUUAAUUGUAACUUAAUCACUUUACUGAUUUCUAUCUUGGGUAGGGAGGUGGGGGAAUCAAAUUGAUUUGCACAUACGGCAAAAUUGGUAAGAUUACUCCAGCUGCUGCCAGCAGGUACUGACAAGUGAAGAACUGAACGUCAGAGAAUAAGAAAAUAUACUAAACAUUUAUUUUAAUAAGGCCUAGAAACCUUAGUUAUUUAAUAAAUUGCCAUGGAUAAUUGGUUUCAGUUUCAAGAGUUGUUUCAUCUUUAACUCCCUGUGUUCCAGAAGGAAUCGUGCUGGAUGUGUAGACAGAGCGUUGUGGUUUGAGACCCAUCUGAUCUAUCACACAUCUCUCUGAGCCUUUUCCUGUCUCUCUGAUCACACCCUACUUCCUGCCACCACUCCCAGCAUCCACCUCGGAUAGGUCACUCUGACACACACACACACACACGCACACACGCACACGUGCGCACUCGCGCUUAUUCACUAUCCAAGCUGCUAGUCUUUUUAUUGGCUCCUCCUCCGGUGAAGAGGUUUAAGCCUCACCUCACUGCUGGGCCCUGAUCCAGCUGGUCUGUUUGUGUAUGAACCUUGGGAGUGAGUGGCCCAAGCUGGACCUGAGCCCAGCAUUUAUCAUCUCGGCGCUGACUCCCACAGAAGAAGGAAGACAUAAUGAAUAAAUGAAACCCCAUGACUAUUUCAACAUUCAUCAGCCCAGUACUCCAAACCUGGCUGAUAAAAUUGGCUACCUGGAUUAAAAAAAAAAAAAAAGAAGUAAGAAAAGUAAGAAUAAACUAGAAAAAAAGGCCACUAAAUAAUAUUUUUAUAUGAUUUAGUAUAUUUGUUAUAUAUUUAACAUUUUCUGUGUAGUAGUUGGUGAUGUGUUACAUGGGUUUAUGGGGAAAGGAGGCAGCAUGCAAGAAAAUUUUAAAAUGGUUCAAAGAAAGGAUUUGAAGCCUUAUCACCCCCUGCUGCCCCACAGACCCCCUUCAGCUGGAUGGCUCAGGAUGUAAAGACAGAAUUGUGCCUGUCUCCAUUCUCUUCCCUGUACCUCCCAAAUCAAGGACCUUUUUUACUGUCCUGUGUUCAGAUGUGGAGUGUCAUCGGCAGAGUGGAUUCCUAUGAACUGAUACACAUUGUUUGCUAAGAAAGAAGGCUAAGGCCCUGGUCUAUCUACAGAUGGCACAGUCCUGGGAAGAACCACCACAUUCUACCCUGGGCAGUGUAGGGAGGUACAGAGUAAAGACUUCACACACCCACCUGUGUUCUGUGGUAGACCCUCGUGGAAAAACUGGGUGGUCACCAGGGAGACCUAGGCAUAGGCAGGGAAGGGCCCCCUUUCAGAGUGGCAUGGCAGGGGGCCACAGAGCCAGAACCUGUCACCACUGAUCUGUCCUCCACUGGACUACCAAAGGGGCAAACCCCAAAGCUCUUGAGUCCUUCCAGUGUCCAGAAACGUGAGGCUAAAAUCUCCUGCUUCACACUGAAGAGUGUGAAGGUGCAGAGCCGGACUGGGAGCAAGGUUCACUGCUCAGCCAGCCUUGUCUAGCUCCUGCUCUGAGUGAGUGUAAAUCUUCUCAUGUGUGGAAAAUGGGUAUAAUCAGGCUACUCAGAGAGGUGGUAUGAGGAUUAAACAUCAUUAUCCAUGUAACAUGCUUAGACUGAGCCCAGCCCAGGAGGAGAAGUGAGCUGAUGGAAGCAUGGAAGGCCCUGAUAGGUUUAUUCCCCUUACGAACUUCUACUUUCCCUUCACAUAUCACUGCUGGGAGCCAGCCCAGCUUCCUCGCCAGGAAUUUCAUUCCACCAUAGCUCUUAGAGGUCGAAGUGGGAAACCUCAAGAAGAAAGCAGUCCAUGAGGGGUUUUGGAGCAGGGACUGGGAAGAGGGACAGGGAUGGAAAAAAGGCUUAGGGAAGAACUGUGGAAUUCCUAGUGAUCCAGAGAGGGCCUAGAGGAAGAGCACCAGCCAGCUGGGAACACAAGUACUUAGCCUCAAAACAAAGCAACUGUGUCCCAGGGCUCAGGCAGGGUGAAUUCCAAGGCGUAUCAAAUCUUUCAAAAAGGGCCAGGCAUGGCGGCUCACACCUGUAAUCCCAGUACUUUUGGAGGCCGAGGCAGGAGGAUUGCUUGAUCCCAAGAAUUUGAGACCAGCCUGGGCAAUAUAGUGAGACCCUAUCACUACAAAAAUAUGUAAAAAUUAGCCAGGCGGGGUUAUGCACACAUGUAGCCCAAGCUACUUAGAGGGCUGAGGUGGGAGAAUCGCUCCUUGAGCCCAGGAGAUGGAGGGUGUAGUGAGCUGUGAUCGCGCUACUGCACUCCAGUCUGGGUGACAGAGCGAGACCUGUCUAAAAAAAAAAAACAGAAAGGUAGACUAGGAUGAUAACUGGCAAAAAAAAAAAAAAAAACUUUUAAAUGUCUGCCUUUUUGGUGAAAAAGAAUUCAAAUUAAUUUGGCUUUGAGAAUUUUAAAUGCACACAUCGUAAUAAUUGCAUAAACCCCAGAGCAUUGUAAAAUCAGAGUUGGAAAUCUCUUACCAUCUAUACUAUAAAAGCAAGAACCUAAUCUUGCAAGCAGAGUUUUAAAACUCCUGAGCCCAAGGAAGAUAUCAGUCUGCCUGUGAAAUUUGGCUCCUUCCUUCUUGUGAUUAUCUUUUCCCUCCCUAUCCCUUUUUGUCCUUACCUUUUCUCUAGUGAAUGUGAGCAGAGAGGAGGUCUCACAAACCUGAUUUUUUUUUUUUUUUCAAAAAUACAAUCCCUAGGAAAACCGAGGAGAGAAAUAAGAAUAGAGAACCAACAUGUGCUCAUUUAGGCCCUCUGCCUAAUUUCUUUUAUUCCCCUCUGAUGUCUUUUUGGCCCCUUUCAUGGCUGUACAACUAAUGCUGUAAUGGUUUUGAAGGUAGUGUUAGUAGCCUAUUGAGUUUGAAGGGAGCCUUGACUUCUGAGUCCUUUUAUCAUAUUCAUCUUUUGGGAGCUUUUUUCCCCUCUGCAAAUCAAAACAGGUAUUUAAUUCAGACAUAUUUAAUUUUAAGUGUUAAAAAUCUCCCAUAUAUUAGUAUGACGCUACUCAUUUAUUUUGUCCAUCAUGUAGGUGCCAUAGCUCUGGAGCAUAUCAUUUAGGGUUCUGGACUUUACCGCAGGUACCUGGAGGUCAUCACCGUUAAGUGAAUGAGUUCUUUAUUAAGCCAAUAUUUGAUCAAGCCUUGAAUAUACUAAUAAUUAUGUUCAUGGGACUGCCUGCUGAGAUUAGAAAACGAAAAAAUCUUAAAGCUUACAUUUCUUGCAUAAGUAAAUAGCCACAUUUAAUCUUCCCUUCAUCUGUGAUUUGUAUUUAUUACAUUUGGUGAGCUUGGUUAGUGGUUUAGACUCCUUAGGUUUUUGCUACAUCCAGGUUCCUAUUAUGCAAUCAUCUUUGAUAAAAACUAAUGCAUACAACACUGGACCCUAGAGUAUAACAUGAUGCAAAAUCCCUUUCCAAAUGUGUUUCCUACUAAAGCAAACUAUAUUGAAAGGCAUUAAAGAGAAGCAUUCCCUGGUCACUUCCAAUUGGAAAUAUAUAUAUUUCUUUUUUCAUAAAUCACAUUCACAUUGUUCUCUGUCUCAUUACCUCUAUUGUGAGCGCUCCCUUUGCCCACACGCUCAUGAGAAAGCGAUUACGGUGGGUUGUGCCCUCCUUAAGAACAUGGCUGGCAAACAGGGUCUUUUUUAAUGGGUGAUUAUUUGCAUCAAAAUGAGUGCAUUUGGACAUAUUGGCAUGCAUCAAGAGCAAAAUCCAGACAGUGAGAAACUGCAGAUUAGACAGCAAGAGUCUUCAACAGAAAAAUUGUAAGGAAAAGAAUGAGGGGGAAAUUGGUCGCUUAAAAUAAGUUUAAAAGGCAUGCAAAACAUGGGAGGACUGAAAUGCAGCCUCUGAGGAUACACACAUGGGCGAUGACAUCAUAAACACACACAAGGACACAAAGACUGUGGAGCCAGGAGUCUGCUUACUGAGGGAGGUGGGUGGCUACAAGUGGACCAGACACAUGGAGUGGGGUGCUUGGCUAAGUUCUGUGUCUCCACCUGCAUGGUGGUUACCGGAUGCUGACCUUCCCAUCCCUCCCAAUGCAGUGCAUCUCUUAUGUGUGAUUUUCACUGCCCAUGCUUUAUUUUACAACACAAAGCUUUUCUUUUAAUGAGUCUCCUCAGGGUUCACAUAACCAACAUUUUUUUGGGAAAUUCACUUUAGGGAUUGGGGUCCAAUAAUAAAAUGUGUCUCACUUUUCUCACUAAGAGGGAAAUUGAAAUUCCAGCUGGAAAUUCACCAGUAGGAUUAUCUGACAGCUUGGUCAGAAAUGAGAGAAAAAUUUAAAAAGAGGGCCAGUGGAUGGAGCUUUUCUAGGUUCUGGCUACAGAAGACUCCCCUGGUCUUUAUUUUUUUCCACAUUCAUUUACACAGUGAAUUAUGUAGUUACCACUUUUAGUAAUGGAAUAAGCCUUUGCAGACUCACCUCCUCUAAACAAAAACAAGGACCCUGAUGGCAGCCAUAUUGCUCCCUGCCCUUCCCCUCCUUACCUUGAGUAAUGUUUAAAGAGCACAGAGGUUUGCUUAAGGGAACUCAUCCCUGCUGCCAGCACCAAUGUCCUCUAACCCUCUUGCCCCUGAAAGUGCCGGUCUGAAGUGACUACCCUGGUGGUGUGAUGUAGGAUGUCCUCUAAUAUCCUUCCAGCUGGGGUAUCAUUUCUUUAAGGGUUUUUUCCCUAUUAAAUUCAGUUCUUCUAGAGUAAGAACCACCUUAAUAUGAAUGAGUUAGGUGAGAGUUCCAAAAGCGGGUAAAACCAUAAAGAGCAUGACACUGGAAACCAGAGGUGGGGGCACAGGAAGGAAGACCCAAAAGAGGGGUUGCUGGGAGUUUUGCCUUUUCUUUUUUUUCUUGUUAGACCUGGCCUAAACUUGUUGAUAUUUUUUAGCUUAAAUCUGGAAUCCCACUAAAACAUAACAUUUACAUCUGUCCCCAGGGCUGGAUGGUACUUGCAGGACUCAGUGCAUAGGCCUGAAUCCAAAGAUGUUUGGGAAGAAACAGGCCAGUUUCCACUCCAUGAGGGCAGGGACCUUACCUGGUUUUGCUUACUAUUCAAUUCUCAAUUCCUAGCACAGUGCUGGGCACAUAGUGUGUGCUUAGUGGACAUCUGAUUUAAAAAAUGAACCAAUAGGCUGAGUAUGGUAGCUCACGCCAGUAAUCCCAGAACUUUGGGAGGCCACAGUGAGAGGAUUGCUUGAAGCCAGGAAUUCAAGACCAGCCUGGCCAACAUAGUGAGAUCCUGUCUCUACAAAAAAUUUUAAAAUGUGCUGGGUGCAGUUUCUUAUGCCUAUAGUCCCAACGACUCAGGCCAAGGUGGGAGGGUCAUUUGAGCCCAGGAGUUUGAGGCUGUGAUGAGCUAUGGAAGGCAGCUAUGCUUAUCACUAUACUACUAACACUGCAUGGCAUGGACCACAGUGAGCUGUGAUUUCAUCACUUUACUCCAGCCUGGGCAACAGAGUGAGACUCUGUCUCUUAAAAAAGAAAACAAAAGAAAGAAAGAAAAGAAAAGAACAAACAAACAAGGGACCAGACUGACAAACAGCUUGAAGCAAAAGAGAUAUUGCAGAGAUCUUCCAAGAUGGGCAGUGAGAAAGUGUCUGUGGUCACUCCAGGGGCUGCCAGGGAUGUCCUUCCCCUCUCCUCCACUCCUGAGUUUUUUCCCAUCUGAAGUCCAGGGUCGACCACCUGUGCUCUGUGCCUGCCUAUCCUCAACAGGAAAAUCAACCAGUAUAGAGUUCUUGAGACGUAACAGCUCUUACCACAGUCUGUCCCUCUUGCACAGCAGGUUUUGGGUCCUAGAAGUAUUUUCCCACAGAUUGUCUAAUCUGUGCUACACAAUACUCUCAUGCAGUGGGUAAUUCCCACCUUACACAGGAGGAAACUGAGACCAAGAGGGAUUAAAAUGGCUUCGUGGGGGCAGAGCUGUAACUAAAUCUCAGAACUUUGGAUCCUUACACCCCACAUCCUUUCUACUGCGCUGUCCCAGGCACUAAUGCAGACAAAAAAAAGCCUCAUCAGGAUUCAGACCUUGCCCUCAAGAAGCUGAAAAUCUAAUUCUGAAAGAGAAAACUCCCAUAAAUAGUGAAUAUACCAAUAAACAUAGAGCAGCACUGCCUGUUCCUUCCCCAAUUUUACUCCUCAAGGAUGUUCUGAAAGAUGAGGUAACUGUUGCUUUUUCUUAGAAGGGUUCUUUCUGUUUAAACUUAUUUCCAGAGUGUAGAAUAGGUGGUUCAGCCUGUCUUCAGUUGUCUGCUGUAAUGGAGAGGAGAGGGAGAGCGUAAAUAAUAAAAACCCAAAGUUAAUCCCAAAGAUCCAACUUUAAUCACCUGUGUCAAUCUCACACUUCAGCAGACCUCAUUAGAAAUAACCACAUCAUAGAUAGGAAAAAGAAAGCAAAAUAUCUGAAUAAAAAUCCAUCUGUAAACUAGAUAACCUUCACCUUAUACCAGUGUCAUCUAUAACAGAGUCAGAACUACUAACACUGAAUGUCCGUGCUUUUGGACUUUCUUCCUCCCAGACUGUUUCAUGUGUAUUCUCUCAUUUGAUGUUCUCAAUUAUCCUGUGCAGGAGGUAGUGCUGAUACUGAGGUUUAGAACAUUUAAGUGACUUGUGCAAACACCCACGGCUACUUAGUUGCAGAGCUGCAACUUGCACCAGAGCUCUUUUCAGCCCCCAACUCUUUUCCACUUCUUUUCCCACUUCUACAACCACCCCUAUCUCCUCCAAUGGCUUCUCCUUCAGCCGUCCUUGAGAAAGACUCAGCAGCAGCAACUCAGCCACCUGUGAGUCUGCAGCACUGGCUCUCAUCACAGUGGUUAAGUGUUCACUGACCACUUGGCUGUGUUACAAUCAUUUAAUUAGUCUGUGUCACAGAGGAAGAGAUGCUUUAUUUAUAAGCCUAAUAGUGAAAACUUCUGAGUCUUCAGUUCACUAUGAGCUUGGUGGCAUUUGGAUAAUCUUGGGGUCUUCCAACUGUGCUCCUAAUCCACUUUGUACCAAGAGAAUAAACAAGGAGGGCUUUGUUCAGGGUGCAGCCACUGUGUUGAAGACUACAAGAAGGUUGUGGCUGGGUUAGCUGAGACAGGGCAGGAGGAAGGCAGGAUAAUGAGAAAAGCCAUAUUUUAGGACCUUGGGAAAAAUAACCAGACCUUUUUAUGCUCCUCUUGCAAUGAAAAAAGUGUAGAAUUUAUCUUCUUGGGACCUGGGUUGGGGCAGUCUCAAGGUUCACAUCCAUGUGUCAGUUGACCGCCAGUGCUUUCUCAGCCUCAACUACAUGUUUGAGCCACCUGGGAAGCUAACACUCUGCACGAUUCCAGUGGCAGCCAAGCAUGGGAAUGAUGGUGUGGUGGCUGUCACGUGUUCUACACUAGGGUGAACUGUAUUUCCCAGAAUUCCCUGUCCUGUGGGUUUCUAAUUGGCAUGGACCCCAAGAUAAAUUCUUGGGAGAUUCCAAGGAUGGAAGGGCAGCAGCACUUUCCAAAAGGUACGUUGUCACUCAUUUGCCAGCCGGGCCUGCAACUGCUCCACCUUCUGGAUCCUUCUUCAACUUCUCGGACUCCUGGGCCAUAUGUGUGCAUUUAGCUUCAUGUUGAAGAGCUGCAGCUUCUGCAGAACAUUUGUACCAUCAAGGUCAAAGGCAACAAGAAGUGACAUGAGUUUCAGUCCAUCUUUAUGUGGUUCCAGUUAAGGCCUGUGAGUUCCUGAUUGUUCUCCUCAACUGCCUGUCCUGUGAACCUCACACACUCACGUCAGAUGCAAAAACAACCACCUUAUAGAGGCUGCUUAACCAGCUCUUACUAUUGCAAAAGGUCAAUACCUAAAAUAAAUUCAUGUAAAUGCUGAUA